GCGAUAGGAAGAAUAUUCCUUUGAAUAUCCUUAUUUGGUAAGACAGGAAGAAAGACUAUUUAUUUAGUCAUAGUUCUUUCUGAACGUUGUAUCUCGCGUUAUAGGGGGUCCUGUUGUACAUGUCAUCGAGUUAGGCGAGCAACAUGCGACUUUCAAACGGAAGCUACUCACCGUCGCGUGUCUCAGGCCACUGAGUCGAGGUCAUCAGAUGCCUAAGCCUGAGCCACCUGUUCCUGCAACUUUUGUGAUCGUAACAGUACCAGCCGCCUUCCAGAAAAAUGAUCCAUCUCUUGGAACCAUGCGACUUCCGCAGCCGGCGGCGGAAACACCUCGGAAACCAGAAGCUUGCUCUGGCGGGCAGAGCCAGAAUGAUGAAAGGAAGCCGCCCGCCCAGCUGUGGACGCUGGAAAGGAGAAAUGUUAUUGCGACGCAAUUA